UCAAAAGUAAACAGCAACACUGCAACCCGGCACCAUGGCGUCUGCUGGCAUUGGUCAAUUAUUACAUAUUUUUGGAAAAUGUGCUCAAAGUUCUUAUGUCACGCAAGUGAGAAUAAUCACUGGAAUGCAGAUUAAAUGUUGGAAUAGUACCAGUACUGCAUCAGAAGCUUCUAGCAGUGUUUCAACUGGUGUUGCAGCAUCAGAUAUAACUAAUCAGAAAGAAAGUGGAAACCAGUUUAUCAAGUUUAGCAAGGCAAUGAAGGCAUACCAGGAGAGAGCUCAGGCACAUGAUAAAUUUAUGUUUGAACAAAUUGGGGAGUAUGAGAUUGGUCGUCGUCAUCUAGCUAACAUGAUGGGUGAAGAUCCUGAAACUUUCACUGAGGAAGAUAUUGCUAAAUCUAUUGAAUACCUCUUGCCCUCUGGAUUAUAUGAACCGCUUGCUCGCCCAGUGAUGAAGCAUCCCAGUGAAAUUUUUGCAAAGAAAAAAGCUGCAGAAUUUGAUGAUAGUGGGCGCCCAUUCCAUACCCUCUUUUACACAGGCAUACCAAGUUACUACCAAGUUUUGCAUGACUUGACUGGGAAAGUACGCGAGUUGGACCGUUUCUCAGACCGGAUGAUCAGAUACAACGUUCAUCAGGAUCAGGAGAGAACACUAGAUAUUGGUGCUACAGAUUGGGUUACAAAAGAUCAGCUUGAAAAUAUUCUUUUAGAGAAGUUAAAAGAUAGCCAUUAUGAAUUCUUCAUCAAGUCAAUGAAUCGUCUUGUGGACCACCCAUACUCCUACAGAGCCAAGGAUUUCAUUCUGAGGUUUAGAAAGCCAAUAUCAUCCUCAAUAAAACUUCAAGAAAUACCAAAGUUGAUGUUCACAGCAGAAGGUACCCCUUACAUUGCAACUACAGGGGGAAGGAAGCAAAGCAAAGCAAGUGUGACUGUUUUUGGCAGAGGCUCAGGAAAAAUAUCCAUCAAUGGAGAAGGUGUUCUGUAUUUUAAGAAUAUUCAGGAUCGAGAACAGGCACCCAGUGAAGUGUUUUGUUGGCUGUCCUUUAAGGCUCUCAUAUUCAGCCCCAAUCACUGUUACAGUCUAAAGGGCUAA